UGAAAUUGUUGUAAGCUGCACAUAAAAUUUUUAAAAAUUGAAAGUUUUUAAAUCAGAAUAAAAUAGUUUAUUAACAUAUAGUCUUUUCGGAUUGUGAAAACGCAGAGAUUUUGAUUUCACUGUCGGGUUUAAAGAUAUUUCGAAGAGUUAUUUACCAUAUAUAUAAUAUUAUGCAUGUCAAAUAAAUUUAAUAAAUACAUUUAACCAUUAAUACUUUUCUGCAUAAAUGAAAAUGUUGUUUAUUGUGUGGUAAAUCUAUAAUGAAUUUCGGUCUCAUGAAGAAUUACGGAAUAUGUAUAAAAACAGAGGAAAUAGUUGGAUUGGUUUUGAAGAAGCUCAAAGAAAAAUUAAUGCAUUAAAAGAAGAGGUUGAAAUUGCCGAGAAAAAACUUUCUUUUGCCAAGAAAUCAUUCACAUUUGAAAAUAAUCAAUCCUUUGAUGAUUCUUUAAAAACAGAGGAUUCUGAAGUUUUAAAUCAAAAAGAUUCUCGAAAUUUCAUUAAGAAAAAUGGUACUAAAAAGUUGCCUUUUGAGAAGCAUGUUAGAAAAAAAAGAAAGUAUUCAAAAACUGAUAAAUCUGUCAAUACUUCAAAUGAUAUGUUGGAUUCUCUUCACUCCACAUCAUCAAAGUCACUCUAUAUACACUCACCAGAUCCAGAUAUUAAGCAGACACUGGUCAAAUCAGUGAUAGGGAGCACCUCCUCACACCUCCCUUCUGCUGAAACUACAGAUUUUUUAUUUAAUCUUAAACAUAAAGUUACAUCUUCAGAGAGAACAUCGUCAUUGAUAGCAGAUACAUACAAAAAUGCCAAUGCUGAACUUUCCAACAUUAUUUUUAGGAAUGAACCUACCAAAAUUGAAGAUUCAUCAAAGAUAAGUUUCACAUCAUGGGAAGAAGAAUUUUUAAGAAGAGAAAUAGAUCUUGGUAGUACAGAAGUUGAAUCCAGCCAUCAUGAAGUAUCCGAUACUGGCAAUGCUGUUGAAGGUAUCCAUUGGUCACCUGUAAUAAGCGGAACAGAAGUGCGCAAUUUGAAACCAAAACGGAUCAUUCAUGGUCACAUGAAAACAUUGCAAGAAAUCAUUAAUCGACAAAAGAAAUUUCAUGAAAAAAUUCAAGCAAAAUCCGACUUAGAUGGCAUAUCUAGUUCGAAUUAUAGAAAGAAGCAAAUUUUAAAUGAUUAUGGAAGCAGUGAUGCAGAAAAGCACGAGGAAGAUAUGAAAAUUUCUGAAAAGAUUGAUGAUGGUAUUGAUGCAACUGUACCAUUCAGGCUUCCACCCACAAGAAAAAAAUGUUUGGUUACUAAUUUCCCUAAAUAUAGAGGUUUCAAUGUGCCAGGUGCUGCAUCAAGCAGAAAGAAUUUCAAAUCCUCUAAAUCAUAUAAUGUGAAAGAAAAUAAAAGUCCUGCUAUGAAAAGAAUAAAGAAGACUGUUUCAGACAAAAAAGAGAGUAUUUCAGCUCCUCUUCUAAAGAAAAAUAAGCAAACUGUUUUUGAAAGGAGUGAAGAUAAUUCUGAAAGGCUAACUACCCUUAAAAGCAACAAAGAUAAUUCUGAAAAGCAAACUAUUCUUAAAAGCAGCGAAGAUAAUUCUAAAGCCAAACAACUUCAUGAGCAAAAAGUUUCUGAUAAUUCAGUGUCAAGCUCUCAAAAAUCUAGUACAGUUGACAGUAGUAGUUCUGUCAGGCCAGAAGAAGCAAGCCAAUCAAAAAGUGAUGCCGUCCCAAAAGCUUCUGAUGUGAAACAAGAAGAGAAAAAAAUCACUACUUCUACUCUCAUAGACAUGAGCUCAGAUAGUGAAAGUGAAUUUCUUUCUGACAAAUCAAAGGAAAAUCAAAUUCCAAAACAACCUUUGGUUUCCAAAAGUGUUAAAAGGAAAGCUAAAAAUAUUGCUGAAGAAAAGAUGGCUCCCUCCCCAAAAAUAAGGCAUUAUGAUCCUCAGACUGUUAGAGAUUACAUUAAAAAGAAGAAAGCUGAAAGAAGAAAAAGGCAUUUAGAAGAGCAUAAAAAAUCUUUACAAGAAGCUCAAAGAAGAAAGGAAAGUCUUCAAAAAUUGUAUGAAUUUCAAAAGCAGAAAAUAGUGUCUGCUUUUAAAAGUUCAUCACCCAUAAAGGUUGUUAAAAAACAAAGGGAAUUUACUAGCCAAGGUGUUAAACAGUCAUCUUUAAAUACAUACAUAUUUCCUGAUUUGAAAAAAGCAGAAGCAAAUGAAAUUGUUUGCUCUAAGUAUUCAAAACAAUUAGAAAAACCACCUACAUAUCCUUUAGUAGAGACAGCAAAUGAUUUCAUACCCAAGGAAUCAUUGGGUACACAAACUAGUCGAAAUCAUUCUGAAAGUGAAAAAUCUAAGUUAAAUUCACCUGAUAUUUCUCAACUUGUAACUAAUAUAACAGAGCAAAAAGUUAUUGUUGUUUCAAAUUCUGAAACAUCUGUGAAGAAAGAUCUUCAUCUAGCCAAAGAUAACCGUUUGUUUCUUAAGGAUGAUAAGAAUCAAUCUCUUCAGAAGGAGCUGCCUUCUCCAUCAUUUUAUAAAGAAAAUGAAAAUCUGACAAGUUAUUUAUCAACUAUAAGUACUCCAAGCCAAUUAAGUGAAUUGGAUGAUGUGCAAAACGUGUUUUCUGAAGCACUGAAGUAUGAUAAAAUUGUUAUUCCUACAGGCCAAUCAAAACAAGUUGAGACUUUGAAAAAUCUUGUGAAAUCAAUUGAUGAAAUGACUGCACCAUUUGAGCAUUUAAUUCGGACUAGAAAAUGGGUUGAAGAGAGCCCACCACCACCUAAUCCCAGAUCAAGUAGAAAAAGUCUUAUUACAAAUAGUAAUAAACAAGCUGAAAACAAUUCCCAAAUCCUAAAAGAAGUCAAAAUAGAUUUUGUGAUUGAAGUUGAGAAAUCCUUGCAAGGUGCAACAGGAAAUAGUUUCAGAAAGCAAGUGACAAAUAUUGGUGAUACUAGUCAACUAUAUGAAAAACUUUUGGGUCAAAGUGCAGCUGAAACAUCAAGUACCAGAAAAGAAAAUGGAAGCUUAGAAGAAAAAUUGAUAGAAGAUGUAAAAAAAUCUGGGAAACAAGCAACUGGUGUGAGCUAUGAAGCAGAAUUAAUUGAAGGUUCCUUAAAGUCAGAAGAGGAAAUAUCACAUGAAUAUAAUCUAAGAUCAUUGCAACCAAGUUUAAUUGAAGGAACCCUAAAAUCUGAAGACAAUACAAUGAUUAGUGAAAACUCUGUUUCAAGCUCUAAUCAACAUGAUAUAAUUUCAUCAUCAAAAAAACUAAUUCAACCAUUUAUAGAGGGAACCAAUUUUAAUCCUGAUCCCUUCAAUUUUAUUAACACUUUUAACCGAAAACCAUUAGGAAUACCUGAAUUUUCAAAAGAUAUGUUGAAAGCUGUGCAGAAUCAAGUCUCUUCAUCUCAAGAUAUGGAUGCUUCGGAGCAAGAUCAGUUUUCUGAACAAGUUAAUAGUACUAAUUCUCUAAAUGGAAGUUUUGUAAGUGAAGAAACUCAUUCUCACACAGCAGUAAAUUCUUCAAUACUUAGUAAACAAGUAUCAAAUUCUGAUGAUAAUGGUCAAAAAGAAAAUUCUAAUGAAAACAUAAGUCAUAAAUCAUCUAGUCCAAGCACAUCAUUUAAAUCAACAAAUAGUUCUGUAUUGUCAGAAUCUCAUAGUAUGAAAAAUGCUCAAUCUACGAGUUUUCUUGAGGAACAGAUUGAAAGCAAAAAUGAUGAGUCUGAACCAAAGGGAGUAUCUGCAUCUGAAUCAUCUGUUUCAGAAAUAAUUAGUGUUAUUAAAAACUCAAAAAAUGGAGAAAUCGAUUCCAUACUUUCUAAUAAAAGUCACAAGUCUUCAGAUGAUAAAAUUUCUUCUGAAGGUAAUCUUGUUGAAAACAAAAAGUCUGACAAUGAUAUCCCUGAAUCUCCAUUGGUACUAGAUGAUAAGAUUUCUUCAAAUAAUUCUAUACAUGAUUUAAUAGAAGAAGUUUCAUCAAUCUCAGAAGAAUUACAAGAAGUUUCAAAAGAAUCAUCACAAAUUUUUCAUAGUGAUAAGAAGUCAGAUGAUAAAAGCUUUAACCAAUCAAGUUCUGAAAAAAGCUCAAAAGAUAGAGAAGCAGUAUCUGAUCAGAACAAAAUGGACAGUGUCUCUAGUUUUCCUCCUUCAUCUCAUAACAGUGUUACUAUUGAUUUUUCUCAGCCUGUAAGAUUUACUCUUUCUAAUGGAGUUUCAAAAUCUCUAAAGGUUAACAAAGGAGUUCCGCUGCAUGAAGAACAGUAUUUUCACACACAAGUUGUUACAAGAGUUGCUUCAGAAGCUGCUGCUGCAGCUGCUACUUCUGCUGUCAUUGCUGUAUUUGAAACACAAAAAGAACUUCUUAGCAAAGUACGUGGUGCAUCAAAUCAUAAUGUUUUAACAAAUCCUUUUAGUGAAAUUUUACCAAAUCAUUCAAGCAGUAACAGUAUUUCAUCACAUAAAACAUCUUCAUCUAAUUCAGUUUCAACCGUGAUUGAAUCUAGUCAGUCAAAAUCACCUGCCGAGAACUCAGGAACAGAUGAAAUAAAUAUAAAUCCAAAUAUUGGCUCAAAAGAAGAUAGAACACAUUCUGAAGAUGCAGAAAAUAUUUCUGAGCAUUUUUCUGGAUCAAAUAAAAUGGCCUCAUCAAGUGUUAUUUCUGAGGAUCUUCCAGUAUCAGAAGAUUCUAAGGAAUUACAUAAGCAACGUCUCAGAAAAAUAUCCGGUAAUUUAUCAUCUCCUUCUCCAGCCAGUUUAUCUGAAAAUGAAUCUCUGUCUACCAUUUCAUUUAUGAGAAUAAAUUCUCCUCCAUCCAGUUCAACUAUUACUGAAUCGGUUCUUUCAGAUGAUUCUUUUGCUCAACUUACUUUAGAUGUUGUACGAAAAAUAACUCUUGAAGAAGAAAUGCGAGCUAGUCAGCAACUUGCUUUGCUGAAAUUUCAGGAACAAACUUUAGUAGAAAAUGCAAGAGCUGCUAUGGCAUGGUUGGAAUCUCUAAAGAAAAAUUUUCGAGAAAAGGGUGCAAACAAAAAAGCUUCAUUCAUCAAAAGGAAACAAAAAGACAUAAUUUUAAGGUUGCGCCAAGAGAGAGCUCAACUUCGAUGUAUGCAGGAAGCAUAUAGAAGUAUCUGUGAAAAACACCAUUCUUUAGAAAUGGAUAAGAAAAAGCUUUUGAAUGAACCAUCUCAGCUACCAUAUCAAAUGUCUAAAAAAAAAGAUAUUUCUCACAGUUCAAAGGCAUCAUCGCAACAAAAAACAAAGGAUUUUGUAAAACAGAAAUCCGAUUCGUCCUCAACUUCAGCAGUUCUCACAGAAGAGGAAUUAAAACAAUCAGUAGAAGAAAUUCCCGAAGAAAUGUUAGAAAUUACUAAAAAUGAAGCUAGUAAUUCUUCUCAAGGUUCUAUUCUUGAAGUAGUUGCUUCAGAACCAGCUGUAUCUUCUGCAUCUUCUCAUAGCAAAUCGCAUGACAUUACAUCUGUUGUCUCUCUUCCACAAUUAAAGCAAGGGCACAGUCAAUCAAGCUUGUCUCUGCAUUCAAAUAAUUCUGGUGAAUCUGCUGUUCAAGGUUUAAAGAAACUUGAGGCAAGCAAAAGGCAUCUGACUAAAAGGGAACAGCGCAUUCUACAAAGACGUAAACAUGUUGAAAAAAUACUUCAGUGGCAAAUGAAACUAGAUAGUGAAGAACUGGCAGUGAGGGAGCUUGAACAAAAAGCAGUGGAAUUAGUGGAUACUAGUAAAAAGAAAGCCAAAUACUAUAUUUCUUCAUCAUCUUCAGCACUUCCUGAAGAAAAAGAAAAAUUUUCAUCUUCCGAUAUUCCUGAAGAACCUAUUAACCAUACUGAUAGCAUGAGAGUAAGUGCAUCUUCUGAUUCUACAUCUUCUAAAAGAGUUUCCACUGAUGAAGUACCUGAAUUUGAAGUACCAAGUGAUUCUGUGCCAGAAGAAAACAUUGUAACUGCUACAUCAGGAGAUAGCAUAGAAGAGGAGCUUUCUAAAAAAGGAACUAAUGAGCAGGAGUCAUCAGGUGCUUUAUCUUCCAGUUCAGUUCAUGAAGUGAAUGAAAAUCAAAGUGUAGAGUCAUCAAUUAAAACUGCUGAUGAUACUCAAGGAACUUCUCAUACUGAGGAAAUAGCUACUAAUGGAAGGUCUUCAAGUCCAAAAUCAUCAACUAUAAAGAAAUCCACAGGCUCUGAUAACUAUUCUGAAUCAUUUGAAUCAAGUGCAAGUCAAAAGGAUUCACCACCUGUGCCUUCUUCAUCAGCUGUAAAGAGUUCUCUUCCAUCAACUAGUAACAGGAAGGAAAAGAAUUUCAGUAUAAAAGCACCGUUAGCACCUCGAAGUUUUAGAAGACAUGACUCUAGUGGCUCUGAUGACUCCUAUACAAUUUCUCAUUCAGAAACUGCAUCUGAUCAAAGUGAUAUUGAAGUCCGCAUCCAUGCAUUAGCUGAGGAAUUGAGAAGGCGUAAGUAUGAAGCUGAAAAAUUAAAAAGAGAGCAAAAAAGAAAAUACAGAGAACAUUUAAAAGGAACUGAGCUUUCUCUCCAAAAACAAGUUGAAGCUUAUACUCAGUAUAUUCAGCAAGUAAAAUCUGAUCUGGAGCAAAUGGAGGCCUUGUCAUCUCAGUUACAAACUGUAGAUAUUUCUAUUGUAAAACCACAAAUAAAAUGGCCACGUCCUGAACAUACUGCUGAUUCUCGACGCAUUCGAAAACAAGCAUCUAUAUCAGCUGAACCAUUAACUCCUGAAAAAAAAUCCAUUGACAAUGCGAGUAGUAGUCCAGAUUCCCUUGACAGUUCAAUUGAUCUAUCUCAUAAAAGAGGUAAACCAGUGAUCAAAAAGCUUUUCCCAGAUUCUAAAGAAAAACUUAAACAUGAAAUAGCAACAAAUAAAGAAACUUCUAUCAAAACAGUAACCUCUGAGAAUAUUUCUGAAAAAGAAUUACUUUAUACUAAAACUUCUAAAAGUAAAUCUGCUUCUGCAGAAUUUACUGAAAAGGAAUUAUCUGUAGAAGGUAAUGAAAAAGAUAUAUCUGCGGUUUCUGAAAAUCUAGAAAUCUCGACUUCAAAUAAAUCUUCCUCAAUUCAUAAUGAAAUUCAAGAUAAAUUAUCUGCUGAGUUAAAAGAGGAAUCUGAAAUUGAAGAAGAAUCCUAUGAAUCUAUUAACUCUUCAUUAAUGACAGUUGAUUCCAAAUCUGAACAAAGUCAAGUCUAUACCAAUAAUGCAGAUUCAAAAUCCACAUAUCAGUCUGAUACUUUUGUUUCAAGUUCAUCCAUGUUGAAAACAGACCAGGAAACUAACAAUAAAGAUAAUGAUGUGAAAAGCUCUUCUAUUCCUGAUAUUAUUCCUUCGUCUAAUGACACUGCGAGGACUGAAAGUUGUUCUAAAAUCACUAAGGAAUCACUGACCACUGGUCAUCCUGUAAACAGUGAUAGUGCUCCUUCCUCUGAAAUUGAAUACAACUCUGAGUCAUCCAACAGCACAAACAGUGCAUCAGGGAAAGAUGAAUUUGAAAGUGGAAGCUUUGAAUAUGAACAUUCAGAUACCAACCCAACGCUUUCUCCAAGAAAUUUGCUGGAUAAAACUUUUACUGUAGAAGAGGAAAAAGAUGUUAUUUCAUCUUCAAAAAAUAAGCUUGCAAUUACUGAAAGUAAAUCUUUAAGCCAAAUCAAUGAAGAAAAAAAUGAUGAACUUGCUCAUGUUGUUCCCAAUAAAGAUAAAAAGUCAUUAAAAGAAGGUUUAAAGUCUGAAACAUUUGUCGUAAAUGUUGUAAGUUAUUUAUAUUCUUCAGUAGUUGAAGAUGCUAUUAGAACAAUGCUGAAUUUAUCAAAAAAAUAUCCCAGCAAGACAAAACUUCCAAGUCCAAAGACCAAAAUUUUGUCUGAUGUAUCUUGUCUCCCAGUUAAGAAAUUAAGUGCUGAAAGUAUGGAACUAUUUAUAAAUGAAUUAUUAUCUACCUACAUAAAUGAUGCAAUAUCUUCUGUUAUUAAUAUAUCAAAAAGUUACAAAAACUUUGAAAAUGUCCAUAUACAAUCAGAUGAGUUUCCUUCCACAACAAGCAUUAGUUGUGCAUUGACUUCUACUGGCACUGAUUCUUUGCAGGCUGCUUCUAAUAGUCAAAUACAAAAUACUGAAAAUCCUAUUGAGAAUAAAUCUAUUCAAUCUAUACAUGAUAAAAGUGAUUAUAAUAUUUUUAAGAAGCAAACCGAUUGGUUUGAAGAUGGGUUUGUUGCAGCCCAAUGGGAUACACAACAAUUAGAACAGCAAUUAAUUCUUCAACAGUAUCCAUAUUAUUAUCGUAAAAUACCCAACAAACCUCCUCCACCGUACACUCCACCAGCUGUAAUGAGCAUUAACUCUCAGUAUUCUUAUCCACUUCCAAUAAAAAAGGAAAAGCCCAUUGAAAAAACUGAUUCCAUCAAAUAUGUUACUAAACAUAUAUCACCAAUUCUGGAUUGCAUUGCAGAAACAUUGUUAAUUGGGAAGAAAAAUGGGUUAAUGGUCAGUGAAAUUAAAGACAUAGAUUUUAGUUCUGUUGUGAAGCAAUUGGACAUUACUGCACCCUCUCAUCUGGUCUUCCUGGAUUUGAUUUUUGAUUUAACGAAAGAAAUAGCUUUGGAUACAUUCAGUGAAACUAACGAGGUCCCAGAACCUUGGUUAAGACCCAAAAGACUCACUCCCAAACCCAAGUUUCCCAUGGACAAAAACGUUUUUAUAUCUUCUCUACAAAAGAAAGUUGAAGAAGCAUUAAAACUCGUACCAGCUGAAUCUUUUUCUGGGCUCAAGAGAAAACGGCCAACUUGGUCUGAAAUGAAACUAGGACGGAAAAAACGAGAUUUUGUGGAUACAAUUCUUAUCAGUGAAAUUAAAGAGGAAGAACCAGAAUGGGUGAAUUAUGAUCAGGAUGAAGUGACUGUUAAAUUCCAAAUAGCCGAUUCUAUUUUUGAUUAUCUAGUGAAUGACACAGUUAAUCUAAUAAAAGAUCUCAAAAAGAAGUCAUAUUUGUUCAUUGGUAAUAUGACAUAGAAUUUUGCAGAGGUUUUAAAAAAGGAAGCCUAAGCUGCCAAUCAUCUUCAACUUGAAAAGAAAAGAAGGAAGUCAAUUGUACAUAGGAUUUUAAAUAUUUCAUGUUGGAUUUGGUAUGACUGGACCCUUAAUUAUGGUGAUUUUUAAGGCAACUGGGAGAUCUUCAUAAAUUAGAUGUAAAUAUUAUACAGAUGUAUUUUGCAUAUAUCCAUCAUCAUGGAAACCAACGUCACAAACCUGCACAAUAAACUGCAUUGACAGUAUUUGAGUAAUGAAAUGUAAAUUCAUGUGGGGGAAAGAAAUGAAGAAUGAUGUUAUGGGACCAAUAAAUAAUAAGCAAAAGCUUUGUAUAGCUUGUGCUCAUUGUUAAUUCUCCAAAGAUUUAAAAUUUUUAUUAAGCAAAAUGUUCUAUUAUCAUAGAAAAAUUAGUUUUACAUCUUAAAAUUUGUCAUCCCACUUUUUUUUCCCCCUUGAUUUUCCACAAUUCUCAAUCUAUCAAACGCUAAAUAUUUUUAUCCCGUUUAUGAUAUUGAUACAGAAUAGGAAAAUAAAAAAUUAAUUUCUUUAAAAAAUAACCAUUCAGAUAUUAAAUAAAAAUAUUUUUAUGCAUGAUUUGAUAUUCAUUUUUCCUGUUCGAUAGAUUCAUUUGAAAUUAUAUACAUUUACUCUUCUUAGUAUAUUAGCUGGUUGCCAAAUAGUUAAAACAUAGUUUUGUAUUCAAUGUGAAGCUUUUUAUCUGUAGAAGAUUAAUUGAAGAAUGAAACAGAAUUUGCUAUAUGCUGAAUAUUUUUUAAAUAUUAAAGUUACUCACAGCUCUAGCAAAUAAAUUUCAAAACACUGAUUUAUAAUUGUGAAUUUGUUCAUAAUAA